ACACCGUUGGAAACCUGGAUUUUAACGAGCUUGCCAUAAUGUGUUCCCAUCAUAUCUGGGCUGUGGCUUGUUGUCCUUCUAUGGAGCCAGAUCAUUGCAUUAAUUAAAAAACGGACGGAUGAUGACAUGGAGGUGCAUUUGCUACCCCAGAUCCUUGUUGCUUUGCGACGAAAAUGAGAAGAGGCAAUGGUCCAUGCCAGCCCGAGGUGUGUUUGGAUUUGAUAAGCAUCUGAUCUGAAGGCCGCCCGAGUGAUGUCUGCGUGACAAGUUCAGUGCAAAGGGGCCUGAGCCGACACUACAUUUUGCAUCCGUGUUGUGCGAGGAUACAAACCAUGUGGCUGGCUACGUUUAAAGACCAUCUGCUGCCUGCGCACCUGCUACACCAGCAGGGGUCGGUAACCAUUACCCACUGUGCUCUGCUCUGGUGGAUAUUAUGCUCCUGCUGGUCAUUUACCAAGGCCACAAGCCAAAAGUUCUACCCCACAGUGACUACCCAGUUCGGGAAGCUCCGAGGCCUCAGGGUCCCCGUGCCCAGCGAGGUGCUCAGGCCCGUCGACCAGUAUCUAGGGGUGCCCUACGCCGCCCCGCCAGUGGGAGACAAGCGUUUCAUGCCCCCGGAUCAGCCAUCCGCUUGGUCGGGUAUCAAGAAUGCCACCCACUUCAUGCCCGUGUGCCCUCAAAACAUCCACAGCACUGUGCCAGAGAUAAUGAUGCCUAUUUGGUUCACCUACAACCUGGACACGGUCGCCUCAUACAUUCAGGAUCAGAGCGAGGACUGUUUAUAUCUCAACAUCUACGCUCCGACAGAAGAAGGGAGCCAACACAGGAAAAAGGGGGCAUCUUUUUCUCACGCUGAGACUCAUAUAUCAGAAGAUAUAAGGGACUCGGAAGCUCGACCUGUGAUGGUGUACAUACAUGGAGGCUCCUAUAUGGAAGGCACCGGGAACAUGAUGGAUGGCAGCGUGCUGGCCAGCUAUGGGAACGUUGUUGUUGUCACGCUCAACUACAGGAUUGGAAUAUUAGGCUUCCUUAGUACUGGAGACCAGGCCGCGAAAGGAAAUUAUGGACUCCUCGAUCAGAUCCAAGCCCUACGUUGGAUCAGUAAGAACAUCAACUACUUUGGAGGGGACCCGGGUCGUAUCACCGUUUUUGGAUCUGGAAUCGGAGCUUCCUGCGUGAGCCUACUGACACUAUCCCACCACUCAGAAGGUUUAUUCCAUAGAGCCAUCAUACAAAGCGGUUCCGCGCUCUCCAGCUGGGCUGUCAACUACCAGCCGGUCAAGUACACUCGCAUGCUGGCGGAAAGGGUGGGCUGCAAUGUGCUGGACACCGUGGACAUGGUCUCCUGCCUGCAGAGGAAGACCGCAAAGGAGCUGGUGGAGCAAGACAUCCAGCCCGCCCAGUACCGCGUGGCUUUCGGGCCGGUAAUCGAUGGCGACGUCAUCCCCGACGACCCCGAGAUCCUAAUGGAGCAAGGCGAGUUCCUCAACUAUGACAUCAUGCUCGGUGUCAAUCAGGGUGAGGGUCUACGUUUUGUGGAGAACGUGAUGGACUUGGAGGACGGCGUGUCCGGAAGCGACUUUGACUUUGUCGUAUCCGACUUUGUGGACAGUUUGUAUGGCUACCCGGAAGGGAAGGACACGCUGAGGGAGACAAUUAAGUUCAUGUAUACAGACUGGGCCGAUAAGGACAAUCCGGAAACCAGGCGGAAGACUCUGGUGGCUCUGUUCACGGACCACCAAUGGGUGGAACCCUCGGUGGUGACGGCCGACCUGCACGCCCGCUACGGCUCGCCGACCUACUUCUACGCCUUCUACCACCACUGCCAGAGCCUCAUGAAGCCCGUGUGGUCGGACUCGGCGCACGGCGACGAGGUGCCCUACGUCUUCGGCAUCCCCAUGGUCGGCCCGACUGACCUGUUUCCCUGCAACUUCUCCAGGAAUGACAUCAUGCUCAGCGCCGUGGUUAUGACGUAUUGGACCAAUUUUGCCAAGAGCGGGGAUCCCAACAAACCCGUACCGCAGGAUACAAAGUUCAUCCACACCAAAGCCAACCGCUUUGAGGAGGUGGCCUGGUCCAAGUAUGACCCCUACGACCAGCUCUACCUGCACAUUGGCCUGAAGCCUCGCAUCCGUGAUCACUACCGCGCCACCAAGGUGGCCUUUUGGAAGCACCUCGUGCCCCAUCUCUACAACCUCCACGACAUGUUCCAUUACUCCUCCACCACCACCAAAGUCACACCGCUGGAUCCCACCCAAUCCGCCGGCAAGCGAUCCGGAGGCACCGGCCGGCCCCCCGUGUCCACGGGCCUCAACGGCGAUGAAGGCGGGAGAGAAAUGGGUCCUCUGAUCAUGCCCAACCCCAGAGAUUACUCCACAGAACUCAGCGUCACCAUCGCCGUGGGGGCUUCUCUGCUCUUCCUCAACGUUCUGGCCUUCGCCGCUCUCUACUACCGCAAAGACAAACGCAGUCGGCAGGAAACCUCGCAGCAGCCCAGUCCUCAACGCGACAGCAAAGGCAACGCGAGCCACGCCGCCACCGUGGACGAAACCCUAUCCAGGAACCAGUGCGAGGCCCUCCACAAUCCCAUUCACAUGUCUCCCACCAUGGACUACACCCUAAACCAGCGCCGCUCUCCCGACGACAUCCCGCUGAUGACGCCCAACAACAUCACAAUGAUCCCCAACUCGCUGAUGGGUCUCUCCAACAUGAGUCCGUACAGCACCUUCCCCGCCGGCUACAGCUCCGCAGGCCUGCCCAGCACUCACUCCACCACACGUGUAUAACUUGGCCGCAGUCCAGACCUGCGGUACGCUUCAAGACACGUCCAUGUAAAGCUGUAUUUAGGAUGUUUAGAUAAAAUAGGAUUAAAUAUGUUUGGGGUUUUAUUUUGAUUUUUUUUCUUUCCAAGCAAACUCCAGCUUUCUGCCUUUGCUCCGUCAUAACAGGAAGUCUUAAGAGCUGUCAUUUUCACGCUCGUUUUUCCGCAAUGGCACGCAAAAGAAAAACAAAAAAUUGUCAUUUUACACCUCACCUUUUUGGGAAUUUCCCCAUGAAAGAACUAACAAUCACGUUUUUACAGUUGGAUUUGUAUGGGGAAGCUUUUUCUUAGUAUCGAUUUUGAUCUCAUGGAGCUUUGGGCCGUCACAACUCAUCGCAGAUGGAGAUGAGAUGUUGAAGAAGCAGAAAACAGCAGUACAGUAUUGCUAUUAUUGAUAUUUUAUACAUAUUUCUCAUUGCUUCUUAUGAAGAUGUAUUUUUACCGUCGUUCGUUUCCAGCAGCUUAACGUAAUUCAAUUGAAAAUGGACUCCAAUCCAGAUCCGUACGAGUGUCUCCAAAAUACCUGACAAUUUCUACUAACACACCUUCAUACAUUAGUUAGGUUGGUGAGGAGGUGUCUCAGCUACAAAAAAAAUAAAAAUGUAAAUUAGGCAUUCUUAUCAAAAGAAACUUUUGCAUACAGUAUGUAGUGUUGUGUAAUUUAUCGUCGUAUAUUUGAGUAUCCUUGCGCCUUUUUUCCUUUCAAGUUUUUAAGUCUUGAGUUAUUUUUGCUUAAUACAUUUUACGAAUAUAACCUCUGCUUCACUAGAGAAAACUUUAGGCUUGAAAUGUGUUUUCGUACUCUAACAAACUCUCACUUCUUUUUGGCUUUGCUUGUUUGUACAGAAUAACAUUUGAUUGCUACUUCUUUAUUCAUAUUCUAAACUCUUCAAAGAGAUACCUGUAAUCACAUUGUAAGUGUACGUAUUACAAAGCGACUUAUAGCAUUUAAAAAUGUACCGGUAGUUUCAUCCAAGCCACAAGUCACUGAUCCUUUUGGUCGGUUUGGGACCUUGGACAUACCGACUUCUACGCUUGGUUGUCUGUUUUCUGAAGGACAUGAUGGACUUUAAGAUUUUAGUUCUUGCCACCAGUCAUAAUGUGGUUUAACCUAUUAAACAAUUUUUUUCCAAC